GAGUUCUUUUAUUUCUCAACUCGCCCACUGUUCUUCUUCGAGGUCCGUUUUGAGUCAAGAAGAGCGAAGGAGAAGAUUUUUGUUUGUUUGUUUUUUUUUUUUGCUGUAAAUUUUGUUCGCAUUGUUUGUUCGUAUUGUUUGAUCUUGAUAUCGUGUACUAUUUGUUCCUUUUAUUUCUUCGCUUUACUAUCCAAUUUGUUCUUCUUUUCCGGAAGAGGAAGCAAUCGGUCGGAGUUCGGGGAAGCAAAAAGAAAUCUUUCUUCUGCUGUUCUUCGAUUUUUUUUUUCUUAGUUUUUAUUUUGAAUUAGAGGCGAUAUCUUGUCGGUUGGAUUUUUCCAUUUGGGAAUUUCGGAGGAGAGAUCUGAGAAUGCGGUCGAGGAGGGCGGAGGGUGGGGAGGCGGCGGGGGCGGCGGCGGCAGCGUUUACUUCCGUAAAUGAGACUCCAGAUAAGAAGGUUGCGGAGUGGGAGGUCAGGCCGUGUGGGAUGCUGGUCCAGAAGCGCGAUUCCGACGCCGAUGCCAGCGGUGCGGCUCCGGUGCCCACCGUCCGCCUCAAGGUCAAAUACGGCGUCGCGUCUCACGAGAUCUACAUCAGUUCCCAGGCGACCUUCGGCGAACUGAAGAAGCUUCUCUCGUCGAAGACUGGUCUCCACCCGCUCGACAUGAAGCUGGUGUACAAGGACAAGGAGCGGGACUCGUCGGCAUUCCUGGACAUCGCCGGCGUGAAGGACAAGUCGAAGGUGCUGCUGCUUGAAGACCCCACGGCGCAGGCCAAGCGCUUGCUCGAGAUGCGCAAGACAAAAAAAAUGGAGAAAGCGGCCAAGUCCAUCUCCGACAUCAGCCUCGAGGUCGACCGCCUCGCCUCCAAGGUGUCGGCGUUGGACGCGAUUUUGAGCAAAGGUGGGAAGGUAAUGGAGAACGACGUGGCCAAUCUCAUCGAAUUGCUGAUGAACGAGCUGAUCAAAUUGGACUCCAUUAUUGCUGAAGAUGAUGCCAAGUUGCAGAGGAGAUUGCAGAUCAAGAGAGUGCAGAAGUACGUGGAGACACUGGACAUGAUCAAGAUCAAGAAUACAAAGGCACAACAACCGAACCAUCAGCCACAGCAUCAGGUUCAAACUCAAAAUCAGCAACAAAUGCAUCAAAAUGGGAACUUGCAGCAGCAGCAACAUCCAAUUCACACUCAGUAUCAGCAGCAACUCCAGGAGAAGAAGGUGGUGGUGACAACCAACUGGGAGACAUUUGAUUCUCUAUUCAUGCCAUCCACCUCCGCCGCCGCCGCCACUGCAGUCACCUCCAUCGCCACCCCUGCUCCUCAUCCGAGAUUCGACUGGGAGCUGUUCUGAGCAUCUGGCGGAUUGCCACAGAAGAAGAAAAGGCAAAAAUUCCUGGCUUGGAAGCAACAUUGUGUGUGAUUAUGCUUUUGUAGCUGUUUCAAUUUCUGGUGAGAUCCUCUAAAACAACAGCAUUUCCUUCUGCUCUAUUACUCUUAUUCUUUGUGUGUAUAUGUUAUCUCGAUAGAGGGUUUCAUCCAGAUCCAUGAAAAAUAAUGAACGAACGAAUGAUUGUUAUUGUUAUGUCUACCAUUUGAGGUGAAAGAAAGAGUCUACUUUUCAUAAUUA